CCGAGCACCACCGCUUGCGCCCAUCAUCCCAGGAUCGCUUCACUUGGGGCCCCCAUCAUGUCCAAUCAUCAUGAGAAUCCUGUGUAUACCUCUGAUUCCUAUUACGGCAAUGCGCCGCCCACCACACGCGUUCCCCUGCCCUCGUACCCCUCCCAGCAGAUAAACGCCCAACAAUAUCACCAGCCUCCUCAGCACGUCCAGCACGUUGAACCAGUGCAACAACUCCCACAAUUCCAACACUCCCAAAUCCAGCAGCAGGCUUAUGCUUCGCGCUCUCAGUCGUCGCAGUCCAAUCCCCAGCAGCAACAGUAUGGAGUUCAAGGACAAGGCCAACUUGAUCAACAACAACAACCACAGCAACCACAGUCAGAGCAGCAGCAGCAGCAGCAGCAACAACAACAACAUCAACAUCAACAACAUCAACAGCAACAACAAGAAUCCCAAGAACGGCAGGCCCCGGAGGAGCCUUCAGAGGACAGGCCUGCCAAGAAGAAGCAGAGGAUCACCCGGGCGUGUGAUGCCUGCCAUGGCCGCCGUCAAAAGUGCCAGGGCUUCCAGCCAUGCGCAAACUGCAUCAAGAAAGGCGUAGAGUGCACCUACAACAACCCUUACUACCGAGGCCGCGCAAGGACUCCUCCUCCACCUCCCAAUGAUCCCAACACCCGCAACUUUGCCCGUACUACAGACAUCCGCGGAAAGGAGAUACGCGAGCGGAGCUGGGUCAAGCGAGCCUGCGACAUCUGUCGGGAUGGACGCCAUCCCUGUUCAGGCACUCUACCGUGCGAUAGAUGCUUCACCAUGAGGCAGGAGUGCACCUACAAGAAACGCAACAGUCGCAACCGAUACGAAGAUCUUCCGAACCCGGAACUGAGAGGUCCCUAUCACAAGCCCGCACUGGUUGAUGCUGUCUUGGGGCCUGACGAUCUGCCACAGCCUGUCCAAGGACCUGGAAAUGAUGAGGGUGAUGCCGAGGGACAGGCUAUGAGAGACGAUAUUGCGCGCCACGGCGGCCCUGAACAGGACUACCUGAGCCUCAAGCUUGAUCGCCGCUACGGAGAGGAUGACACUCCACCUCUUGUCUUUCUUCAUGCGGCGUGGAAGAAACUUGCCCAGGUGCAGCGUACUUCUCAGCUUCCUCUUGAUCAGCCCUGGGACCGUUCGACAACCGUUCGGUUUCCAUCCAAUCGGCAGAGGUGGUACCAACAGCAGGACCACUUCUUCAGGAGCUGGAACGGCACCUUUCAUUUCCUCCAUCGUCAUACCGUACGGAACUGGCUGGAACAAGUUGAAAAGAAUUAUGUGGCUCGUCAGGAGUUGUGGCAUGGUGUAGGCCAUGCCCGUGCCGCUGUUGCCCUUAUGACCAUGGCUCUUGGCUCGCUCUUCAGGGAUGCUCCAAAGUCGUGGGUUCGCAUGAACAAAAAAACCGGCAAGGCGAUGAAGAGCAGGAAAAUGCCUCCUCCAGACGACUAUAUCUGGUCCCUCGAAUACGGCGAUUCGUUGCUAAACACCGCCCUAAAUCUCACAGAUGCCGAGAAAGGCGAUCCGAGGUUAGACUCUGUCCAAGCUCGCCUCUUGCAGGACUUGUACCUCUUGAGCACAUGCCGCCUGAACAAAGCUUGGUACACCUUUGGCAAUACCCUUCAGAUGAUCACGAGCCUCGGUCUUCAUCGGCGUGUGGGCAGAAACCGUGGACUUGGUCGCGACAUUACCAAAAGACCGGACUAUGCCAAACUCCAGUGCGAGAGGCGGACAUUCUGGACGGGUUACAUUAUCGACAAACAACUCAGCAUGGUCUUUGGACGACCCAGCCACUUCCGUGACGAUUUCAUCAAUCAGGAGCUUCCAGACGCUGUCAACGACGAGGACAUGGGGCCCACUGGCCCUGUUCGGGCACACAAGGGGGAUUGCUACAUGGAAGCACUGGUCUCCCAUGCCAAAUUGAACAAGCUCAUCGACAAGCUCCUCCACCAAGUAUACUCGCUUCGAGAGAUCCCCGACCAGCAAAGGAUCGAUAGCGCUCUACGCAUCGGCAAAGAGGUUCAGCAGUGGAGGGACGAGCUGCCAUAUCUCCUCAGGAAUCUUAAGCCCACCUUGCUGCUUCCCCUUUUCCAGAGGCAGAUGGUUUUCAUCCGGAUAGCACACUGUCAUGCCACCAUGCUUGCCUACCGGCCCUUCCUCACCACGCCCUACCCUCAAUCAGGCGAACUGAAAGAAACCACUGACUACGCCAUCCGCGAGUGCGUCGACGCGGCACGAAUCAGCCUCAGUGUCGUCACCGGUCUUGGUCGCACAGAGGACAACGCGCAAUUCGUGACGCUCUGGUACCCCCACCAGGUCGCCUACUGCGCCGCCGUCGUCUUGAUCAUCCUCCCGCACAUUCGCGAGCGCCAGAAAUUGUUUGGUGGUCCUCACUACCGCGGCCAUGAAGUGAUGGAUGGCAAGUUGCACAAGCUGGUGGAAAGAGGCAUCAAGAUGUUGGCGUCGGAUACCAGUCCCUAUUCGCCCGCGCGCAAGUGGGCCAUUAUACUGGAGGAGCUGAAAAGGGAGGUGACGCGCCAGACAGGUCAUGUCUUCCCAAGUCUGGCGAGCGGUGCUAACAAGAAGGCUGCUAAUGAAGAUACCCCAGCGGAUGGGGAGGAGAAUGGGGAGGAGGAGGAGGAGGAUGAGGAGGCUGAGAAUGAAGUUGAAGAGGCUGAUGGCGUGUCGCCGGAUGAUCAGUUGCUGGAGGAUGCCCUUCGCGCUCAUUGGGCGGCAGAAAUGGUUGGAUCGGUGCAAGAUCAAGUUGCAGAUCAGGAGGGGGAGGCCACGACGCCUGGUUUCACGAGGAGGCUUUGGGAUAACUGGACGUUUACGGAUUGGGCGGAUCUUGACUCUGCAGCCUUUGGACCUAUUGCCGACUUUGCUGAAGAUUCAGCUCCAGCUCCUGCCCCUGCUCCUGCUCCGGUCCCAACUCCAGGUUUAACUCCCGUGUCAGCUCCGGCUACGGCUCCGGCUCCGGCUCCCGUUACAGGUCCCGCCCCAGCGCCGGUGUCGGCUCAUGCUCAAGUUUCUGCGGUUUUCGCACCCGUUUAAGACCUGUCCAAAACUCCAUAUCCAUGCAUGCCGUACAAUUCCCCAUCCUGAUACAAUUCUUGCAAUGAUGCGUUCUUGUCCGUCCAUGUCCGGCCCACUGUUCCUCAUCGACUGUUCGCGCUUCCAGACCUUGGUGAGGGAGACCCAUAAGAUGAUUGCGCCAGCGCAUUUACUUUGGCCUCCAAGGUAUUAAUCCGACCCUUUAUCCCGUCGAGGCCGGAGUUGUUCAUUAACCUCUCUGUGACGGUGGGGUCACUUUGGAGAUAUGUCUCGAGGCGAUAUGAGCUUUCUGAUGAUUUACUACAGCCUAUAUGUCAGUGUGAUCCUUGGAAUAAUUUGAAAUGGUCAGUACCACUUACUUGGCCUUUGAGGGCUUUGAAGUAGGAACCUCGAUCAGUGUCAUUUUGUAUGUGGAUUUCUGAGGGCGGAGCGGAGCAACUGUGUUCUUGUUGGAAAUUUCGGUUUUGAAUGGAGAACAUCUUGAAAUCCUGCUCCGGGGGGAAGUUUUAACCAUUUAUCCUCCACGAAAGUGGCUAUUUGAGAGGCCAGGGACAGGAGGCCAGGGACAGCAAAAGAUGCGAGAGAGGCCUCGACUUUGCGGUUGGGCAUUGUCCUCCACAACGUGAGGAUUGAAAUCGCCAAAUUCAGCCCGGGAGGCUCACCUGGGAGGCACUUGGUUAUUCGGAAUUGAUCAUGGCGACGGCAGCAAGGGUACCUCUAUAUCCCAAUCAUGGCCUUUUUGCUCAUCGUGUAUAGCCGGCCCUCAUCGUUGUCAACGUUCACAACACAACACUCGCCGAUUCUGCACCUCUUCGUCGCAAUUGAGCCGCUCUUGGUGGAAUUUCAAACGCGUCAUCUGCCUCAGAGAAACAACAUCAUUGAUGACAACUCACUGUAAGAUUCGUCGGCCGGCCCGAUGCCGGGAUAAGGUGUGGACAAAAGGGCCAAUUGGAUGUUAUACCCCUUUUCCACAGCCUUGUCUACUGCAUGUGAGUCUCGAUUACCUCUCCCAGCAUGGAUAAAGGGACUCUCCGCAAUUGAGCAAUUAUGUUAUGCACGAGGUCACCACAAUAUGCCGGCUGCAUGCCGGGAGACCAGGCCAAGCCAACAAUCUUCAGCGGGCAUUGGUGUUAACCCUCUUUCGGCAUGUCAUGCGGAACCUACCUUUACUACCCUCCUACCUUCGGAGUAUCCCGCCGCCGCC